AUUAUUUUUUACGUGACAAGAUAAUUUGUCUUUUGCCCCAGGGAAUUGAAAAAACUUAAAAGUGAUUAGGUUAAAAUAAAUAGAGUUUGAACGCAAUUUAUAAUAUGCAUAACAGAUUUAAUUUUAAUUCGUGGUCCGUAUUCAAAGGUGCUAGUCGAUUAGGUAUUAUAAAGUUGUGCUAGGUCAGCAACACUUUCACUUUCGCCUUAUGCCCUUAUCCGUUAGUAUUAUUGUGACUUGUGAGUUGUGAAUUGUGAUAUCAAACAUUAUGAUAUGAAUGAUAUGAUUCAUACAUAAAAAUUUAAUACAAUUUGUGAUGAAACUAUAUCAAAUACCGCUACCUUAGAAUUUAGAAUAUACCUAUUAUACGCUAUAAUUUAUAAUAGUAUACCUAUAAUAAACAAUAAUUAAUUUUCAAUCUUAAUAUGUUUUUUAUAAUAGUGAAUAGGUACUAAAUAUAUAUACAGGUAACAGUAUUAUUAGAUUGGGUUAAUACUACUCAUUGUAAAUUGAAAACUGUUAUAACAUAACAUUAAAUUUAUAGUCAAUUACAGAAAAUAUUAUGUUCUAAGUAUAAUCACAUUUACUAAAGCUGAACACUAUGGUGUACAGCGCUGGAGAAAUAGAAAAUGUCCGUGUCGCGGUACGUUUGCGACCUUUAAGCAAAAAAGAGAAAUCUACCGGUUGUGUGCCUGUGGUUGUGGCCGAUUCUGAGAAUGCAGCUGUUUUUGUGAAAAAUCCAAACCCAUCACAUGUUGGUCCUCCGAAGACUUUCAUGUUUGAUUUGGUAUUUGAUUCUGAUUCUAAACAAUUGGAUGUGUAUAAUGAAGUGGCACGACCAAUUGUUGACAAAGUUUUCGAUGGUUUCAAUGGAACAAUAUUUGCUUAUGGGCAGACUGGUACAGGCAAAACAUUUACAAUGGAAGGAUCUCUUUUAUCUCCAGAGCUUAAUGGAAUAAUUCCUAAUUCGUUUGCUCAUAUAUUUGGCCAUAUUGCUAAAGCAAAGGAAGAUAUAAAGUUUUUGGUUAGUGUUUCUUAUUUUGAAAUCUAUAAUGAAGGUGUUUACGACUUGUUGAGUAAACAUGUGUCUACUGAGUUGGAAGUAAAAGAGAGACCAGAUGUCGGUGUGUAUGUGAAAGAUUUAUCAACAUAUGUGGUAAAUAAUGCAGAUGAUAUGCAUCAAUUGUUGAUGACUGGAAACAAAAAUCGUGCUACUGCUGCAACAGCUAUGAAUUCUGAAAGUUCUCGGUCACAUGCAAUAUUUUCAAUUACCAUAGAAACUAGUCGACCUGAUGUAACUGGAGAGUACCAUGUUAAAGUUGGUAGACUUCGAUUAGUUGACUUAGCAGGUUCGGAACGACAAUCAAAAACAGGUGCUCUUGGUAUAAGAUUUAAAGAGGCAACUAAAAUUAAUUUAUCUUUAUCAACUCUUGGAAAUGUAAUUUCUGCGUUGGUUGAUGGAAAGUCUACUCACAUUCCAUAUCGGAAUUCAAAACUCACACGUAUAUUACAAGAUUCUUUGGGAGGAAAUUCAAAAACUGUUAUGUGUGCUACCGUGGGGCCAGCCGGUUUUAACUAUGAUGAAACUAUUAGCACUUUACGAUAUGCUAACCGAGCCAAGAAUAUUCAAAAUACAUCCAAGGCUAAUGAAGACCCUAAGGAAGCAUUGCUCAGACAAUUUCAAAUGGAAAUUGAAGCUUUGAAAAAGCAAAUAGACGAUAGUAGUAAAGGUCUUAGUGAAGCAGACGAUGAUGGCGAAGAUGAAGGAGAAGAAGAAGGGUUGGUUGUUGGAGCUUCUGAAGAAGUAGCUAAUGCAGUGCAGAGCAAACGUGAAGAAUUGGAUGCAGCACGUCAAGAAAUGAUUAGGUUAAAGGAGAAACUGGAAAAUAUGGAGAAAAAAAUAAUUGUGGGUGGUGAGAAUCUAUUAGAAAAGUCUGUGGCACAAGAAAAGUUGUUAGAAGAUUCAGCAAAAGAACUAUUAGAUAGAAAAUCUAGACAGAUGAAUUUAAAUAUGCGUUUACAAGAAGUGCAAGCAGAAAAAAUGGACACUGAAGAUAAAUACAGUGGUUUGCAAGAAAGAUCAGGAGCAUUAAGUAAGAAAUUAAAAAAAUUAUCUGCAGCCAUUUUAGCUGUUAAAGAAGAUCUUAAAGAUACUGAAGACGAGGGCAAAAGGGAAAUUGUGGAAUUAAAACAAAUUCUCAAACAGACAUCUAAGGAAUUAAAGAUGCAAGAAGUUAUUAUUGAGCAUUUUGUUCCUGAUGAUUACUUGGAACUUAUAAAAAAAAAUUCAUUCUGGAACGAAGAAAUUGGAGAAUGGGAACUAAGAUGUGUAGCAUAUACCGGGAACAACAUGGCAAAAGAAUUGCCUAAUGACGAAGAAAUUACAUUUGAGACUCGUAGACCAGAUUUUUCACACGUUUAUUUGACUUACAAAGACAAAGCACAGACAAGAUCAAAAUCAAGAACUGGAAAACGAAUUUGAUUAUUUUUCAUUGUUAACAAAAUCCUAGUCAUAUUUUCUUAUUUUAUGUGAAUAUGUAUCGCCACAUGCAUAUUUAAUAUUACUUAUUCAUUUUUAUUCACCAUUUGUUUAAUUUUGUUAUUAAAGAAGUAAUUCAUUUUUUAUACAGUA